GUUGGACAAAAUUGAUUAUUUUGAAUGGCAACUCAAAAAAGGAUAUUUACGUCAUUUGAGAAGGAGACUAUAAUAAUGCUUUUCCCAUUUUAUUCCUCUUUUUACCAAAAAAAGGUCGUACAUUAACAUACACUGCCAUUUCGCAGAGCGACCGAGAGAAGAGAGGGGACCCUACCCACUACACGGACCUCCCAAAUCACAAAGCACAAAGAAAGAAACAGCAAACUCUUCCUUAUCUCCCCCUCUCUCUCUCUACUAAGCGAUUAGUCAAUCCGGGUGUCCCAGCUCCGUCUGAAAUUCCCGGUGGAGAAGCUAUGUAUGAUUGCAUAGUGUGCUGGAAGGAGGACCUUUUGGUUUUCUCAUGAGAAUUUUGCAAGUUCUGUAUUUCCACCAUAUUUUGUUGGUAUUUUUAGCCUAAAAGAGGAAGUGUGUGCCAUCUGUUAGUAGAUUAGCUGUUGUUUGGUCUCUUCAUGGCAUUCAAGUCUUAUUUUGAGAGUGGUCUCCAAUGCAAACCUUCCGAUAUGGAAGAUAUUCAGUUGAAUAUGAACUGGGAAGAUGUCAUCUGCCCCAUAUGCUUGGAUUUUCCCCACGAUGGUGUUCUCCUCCAAUGCUCUUCUUAUGAGAAAGGAUGCCGUCCUUUUGUCUGUGAUACAGACCAUUUGCACUCUAAUUGCUUGGAUCGUUUUAAAAGUGCAUAUGGUCUGUCAUCUCCUUCAGCUUCUGAUGCAGUUCGCACAACACACACACAGCCUACAGUGUUGGAAGGCAACUGCAAACCAGCUUGCCCAUUGUGUAGAGGGGAAGUUGUUGGGUGGAUAGUCGUUGAUAAAGCUCGCCUUCAUCUGGAUGAGCAAAAGCGUUGUUGUGAAGAGGAACAAUGUGCAUUUAUGGGAACUUACCUGGAACUUAAGAAACAUGCUGAAGUGGUGCACCCUAAUGCUCGUCCUUCAAGAAUAGACCCAGCUAGGCAGCUUGACUGGGAAAAUUUCCAGCAGUCUUCAGAAAUCAUAGAUGUUUUGAGCACUAUUCAUUCAGAAGUCCCACGUGGAGUGGUUUUGGGGGACUACGUGAUUGAAUAUGGAGGCGAUGACUCGGGAGAUGAGUUUGAGGAUUUCCCUGGUGAUGAAGGUAACUGGUGGACCUCCUGUAUCUUGCAUCAGGUAUUUGAUAAAUUUAGGAGUUCUCGAAACAGAAGAAGGUCAAGAGUUGCCAAUUCAAGAAGGGGAAGUCGGCGCUCCAGUUAUGAUGCUUCGAAUUCCAAUGAAGGUUCGGUUGCCUCUGUAGAAUUUGCUGAGUAUAGAGUGGAAGGGACUCAUGAAGAGUUCAUUAGUACAAGAGGUUCUUCAGGUGAUAACUCCAUUCAUCACAGUUCUGGGAGAGGUCGAUCCCGCCUCUAUGGAAGUUAGGUAUGUGGCGGAUGGGGAUUCAAUUAGCAUUGAUGACUGUGAUGGCAUUGCCUCAAUGGAAGUGAAGCAAAGGAUAUAAAAGAAAGAUCCAAUGUGCUGCAGACCAUUUUAAAGCAUGUAAAAGCUAAAUAUAACUAUUAUAUGUUGGUUAGUAGACUUCCUAAAUUUUCAUGACCAGUUUGUGGUUGUACGAAAUGUUCCAUUAAUGUAUGUUGCAUGGAUUGUUUUGCUCUAUCUAGUUGACCUGUUUAGUCCUUAUUGAAAAUGUGCUGAUUUCUUUGGCGGUCGGUCA